GUGCGUUUGUAUCGUGACCUUAUAAAUCAUGGCGUCUGAGCCGUCCCCUGACCGCUGUGAACAGUGAACCAUUUACAGAACGGCUCCUUACAGAACUUAGAAUCUAGAGUCUAUUUCUUUAAAGUCUUCGAUUAUGGCGUCCAGUGUACGAGCCAUAGUUGGCCUUUCAUUUAGGAGCAGCUGUUUAUCGAGAAUUAAUGUGCCUACUGUACAGUCUGUUCGCUAUCGUAAACCUCGCUGGCUUCCUAUUGCUGCGUCCAAGGAGUUUUAUGUACGAAAACCAACUCCUAUCGACCCUGAAGAGCAUGAAGAACUGGAGAGUAGAUACAAGCACUACCGGGCCACCGUAAGAGGCAUCAGACAUUAUUUACGUCAAGAACUGUCUAAAAAGACUGUAACAACCAAAGAAAAGCAAGAGUUGGAUGAAGCUGCAGAAUUUGCAUGGAUGGAGGAGGAAGUCAAGAAGUGGAAUCAGAUGCUGGCUACAUCAAGGGAACAAAGACAAUCUGAAGAAGAAAGACAGGAAGAAGAACGUCUCCAACAUGUGAUGCAGCAAAAAGCUGAGGCCAGACUGCAGAGAAGCCUUGAGGCGGAGAAAAUCUUACAGCAAAAUAAGGCUUCUGCAGUAAAUUUUGUUACAACUGAAAACCUUGAGGAAGAGAUUGAAAAAAUGCUGGACAGCAGAAGUGACUACAACUAUGCGAUCACAAAGACUGGGGACAUUUUGCCAGGGGAAAAUCCCGCUGUCUCGGAGAAAAGGGAUCAACAAACUGUGAAGAAAGCAAACACUUGAUGAUUAUUUCAUACAUUUUCGUUCUUUGUUUUUUGAAAUGCUAUGUGUGUCAGUUGUUUGACAUGUAUGAGAGUGAUGUUGAUAGUUUGAAAUAAAUGUGAUGGAAAUUUG